AGUGCAGACGAAAUGGAAGUAGACAUCUGUUUCACUUUACAGUACAGCCUUGGCUGCGCGGCUGAGCACGGCCAACGGCUGAGUGGGUCUUGCGUUUGCUGGUCAGGAUUGAAAAGAGAUCGCCAUGAAAUUCUGCGCCGUCAGUAAGGAGUCUAAGGUUUCUUUUGCCCUUUUGGCUUUGAUGUAUUUGCUAAUCAUCACGUACACGUAUAUUUGUGUCUUGCUGAAAGUUCCCAUCGAGCCGGAGACUAGCGAACGUCCUCGAGUUGUCCGGCGUAGCCUAGGAUGGAGAGAACUUCUGAAAACGUGGGACUAUAACUUCAGGCUGAAAAUAGAAUCGACAGGUCCCAUAGUGUUUACUUAUCCCGAUGCUGUGAAAUUCAUCCUAAACGAGGUCCAUGCUUGCGAGGAAGACUUCCUGGUACUGGCUUUAGUGGUGACUGCCAUACAGAAUCACCAGAGGAGACAUUUCAUACGUCACACCUGGGGUCACAGUGCUGUAGUCGAGAAGACUGGUAUCAAACCGCUGUUCAUCGUUGGGCAACCAAAACAACAAAGAGAUCAGUUGUCCUUGGAGGAGGAAUCCCAUCAGCAUCAUGAUAUUCUUCAAGCUAAUUUCAUAGACGACUAUCAGAAUUUGACUUAUAAAACCACGGCCAUUCUUCACUGGGCUUCAACUUCCUGUCCAAAUGUCCCACUUCUCCUGAAGAUUGAUGAUGAUGUGAUACCUAACCCAUUUGCGCUUAGUGAUUAUUUGGUAUUCUACCUACAAAGGAACCCUCAACCAGUUCUCAUUUUGGGAAAAGUCCGGUGCUGUGAUCCAGUGCUCAGAGUAGGGAAGUGGGCGGUAUCAGAGAAAAAGUACAACAGAUCUGGGUAUCCUCCAUAUGUUGCUGGACCCUCCUAUAUUGUUCCUUCAGCUGUUAUACCUGCACUGUUGCAGGCUGCUAAAAAGACAAGAUUCCUUCACUUAGAAGAUGUGUAUACAACAGGGUUGGUAGCUCAAACUGCAGGUAUAAGACAUAAGACCAUCGUAAGUCUUACAAAUUCAGAUGGUAACAAGAUGAAGACCCAUUGGUGUUAUGGUAGUAAAGUUUUCCAGGAAAAUGUUGGACCAGUGAAUGCAGCAAGGGGUUGGAAUAUUUUACGAAAAGUUGAAAAUAUCUCUCGUCCAGAAGCUUAUAUACUCCCGGGAAAUAUAAAUUCCUGAAAAAGGUAAAUGCUGUAUGAGGGGUACUUCUGUAUAUAUUUUUCUAAAAAAUAAAAUUUUAGAAUAAAAAAACCUACAGUAAUAGUGUCUACUUAGUUCUAAAAACCUUAAAAGCAUCAAAUAAGUGUCUUGUUGUUCUCAUAACUCUUUCAUGUAAUGCAAAAGUCAUCAUAAUCAUGUAAGCUUGAAGAGGUCAAAAGUAGAGACUAAGCAGUCGGCUUGAGGCAUCC